AUGAGCCCUGUCAUCCAAAACAAGAACUCAGCCAAGCCACUCCCACAACUCCCAGAUAUGGUACAUGCUGUCUCUACCACAGAUGACAUUGCCCUUCCCUUGCGGACCGCCCCGCUGCCUUCAACUCCCAGGAAGGUGAUGGAGAUUGUGGAAGAAGAAGAAGACACUGAGCGCAUGAGAGAUCUUGGUCCCCCUCCUCUCCUUCGACUUGACUUGGCGGACGCGCUCUCUCUCAGCCAGCGUAGAAGACGCAGUCAAUCCUCUGGCGAGAUCGAUUUUGACAUCGCAUAUUACAGUAUGGCCCCAAUCAUCACAGGCCCGGAAACACCUACCGCAGCUGAAAAGCAGAGCCCCAGGCCGAGCCCCUGUGUCUCUGUCAGAGUCAAAACUGCGCCGCUCGAGGACUGGGAAGAUGCUAUAGACGAUUCCUGGGACCAAGCUGUCGAGCUUGAAGAUGUUGAGGAUAGACACAGUUCUGAAACGAUGGUGGAACGGUCAAAGCUACCCAGCCGUCAUCAUGAGAACCUUCUGAGGGUUGAACAACGCGCUGCUAACGAAACUUCUUCUUCGGGUUCGACUCCAUUGAUGAUGCACGUGGCGCGUAAACCAGUACCACUGAACCAAGCCGAACCUCAGCUCAACCCGUCGCGUUAUCUGGAUGGCGAAACUUCAUCAUCUUUGCUGGGGCUUGGUAUCGAGUCUGUUCACUCGAUGCCCAACGUUGCUCCCGCACGCCCCGAUUCAGGAUGCAUUGGACAACGCGAUAGUCGUCUCGACUCGGCGGAUUUGUUCCGUCCCAAUUUCAUACGAAGCCCAAAUUCUUCCAUGAGCAAGUCGAGCUCUCAAGAGAGCAUCAUUCUUUCCAUUGCCUCUUCUAUCAUUGGGACACAUCGGUCGUCGAAUUCUAGUACCAGUUUGUCGGAUUUGGCCCGCCUGGCCAAUUUCGGAGGAUCAGUGGACAACCUCAAGCUUGAACUUGAGGGAUCCGUUCUUCCGGUGGAAGGUCGUCUGAGAUACGGAAGUCAAGAGACCAUCCGCAAGGAAUUUCAGAGACCUCUUGAUUCUCCAACCGAAGCCUUCGACGCUCGUCCUGAUUCUCCAACAACCUUUACAACUUUUCCGAAUCCAAAACAUGAUCGCGGAGCAUCCGCACCGCAAGUUUCUAUCCCCGACAGAAACUCAUCCAUGGCCGGAGCUGAAACCUCGCGGACUCCUGGUGGCCGUAAGCGUGCAGGUACAACGACCUCUCGUCCCCGUGGCAAUACUCGAGUCUCCUAUUCUUUGUUCCCGACCACCACAUCACCAAAGUGA